GGUAGCAGGGUGCGUUUACUUUGACGUCAUAGCAGCGACACGGAAAAGGAUUAAGUUGAUUCAUCAAACAUGUUUCAUGGCAUUCCGGUUACAGGCAGCAUGGGAGGAGGAUCUGCACCCAAUAAACCCGAGCUCUACGAGGAGGUGAAAUUGUACAAAAAUGCAAGAGAAAGAGAAAAGUAUGACAACAUGGCGGAGUUAUUUGCUGUUGUCAAGACCUUGCAGGCCUUGGAGAAAGCCUACAUCAAAGACUGCGUCACACCCAAUGAGUACACCGGCUCGUGUUCCAGACUUUUGGUACAGUACAAGGCGGCUUUCAAACAAGUGCAGGGCUCCGACGUGGGCUCAAUCGACGACUUCUGCCGCAAGUACAGACUAGAUUGCCCGCUAGCCAUGGAAAGGAUCAAAGAGGAUCGGCCAAUCACCAUCAAGGAUGACAAGGGCAACUUGAACCGCUGCAUCGCCGACAUCGUUUCUCUUUUUAUCACCGUCAUGGACAAGCUGAGAUUGGAGAUCAGAGCCAUGGACGAGAUCCAACCGGAUCUGCGCGAGCUGAUGGAGACCAUGAAUCGAAUGAGCAACAUGCCUCCUGAUUCGGAGGCUAAGGACAAAGUCAGCCGGUGGUUAAGUACCCUGAGCAGCAUGUCAGCCUCAGACGAGCUGGACGACAGCCAAGUGCGCCAGAUGCUCUUUGACCUGGAGUCGGCCUAUAACGCCUUCAACCGCUUCCUGCACUCUUCUUGAGCUAUUUGUCUUUGUUAGGGUUUCCGUGUGUCCUUAUUGAUAUUUGGUACGGUUUCUUUGUUCCCUUCUUUCCUCCUACCAUAUUAUUGUCAUCAAAAUCACAGGGAAAUAAUUUAAGUAAUUAGGCUUUGUAUCCUAUUAAUACCUGGAACGAUUAAUGUAAUUCAUGUACAGUAAUAUGUUGGAUUUCUCAAUGUCUUUUAGCUAAUCAGGCCCCCCAACCCCAUUUAUCGACUUCAGUAAAUAUUUAUUAAAAUGUAUAUACAAAUGUUAGGAUAAUUACGUCCAGAAUCAUACACACUUACUCUUUUAAACAAUAAAAGUUUAAAUAUACCUUAAAA